AUGUGGAUGAUUCUCAAGCAAAAAAUUUCCGAAGAACUCUCCGCGCAUGUCACCAAAAUUAAGCAUGAAAUCGCAGAUGAUCUCUCUGCACGUGGUACUAAGAUCGCCAAUGAACUUGACGGAAAAAAUAAUACAACUAUUACUGCGGAAAUCAAAAGAAUCCUUACUGAUGAUGUCUAUAGAAAACUUACUUCAGAAAUUAAUACUAAAAUCAUCAACGAGCUUUCCACACGCCUGUCUGAAAUUAAUACUGAACUUAAUAGUAAACUUAUCGCAGAAAUCACCAAAAUUAAUACACGUGAUGCUGGCUACGCCUCUGAGGCGCAGAAAAUUUUUUCAAUGGUCAAUAAUAUAACUACGAAAGUUAAUAAUAUCGAAGAAGCCUGCCGUAAUGAAUUUAGCAGAAUUAAUGUUGUUAUCGAAGAUCUCCAAAACAAAAUAAACCAACAUUACGCAGUGGUUCAAAGAUCCGAUUUUGAUCAACAAAGUGUGUCCAAUGAAUCUGAAGCUAAUUCGACCAAUGAAUCUGAAGCUAAUUCGACCAAUGAAUCUGAAACUAAUUCGUCUCCAAGCUCUUCUUCUGGAAGUUCCAAUUUAUCUGGAAUUUUUGUUAUUACUGGAGACAUUAGAAUCCGCUUUAAAGAACACUUCGAUCGGCUUAUGAAGGCGAGGAAUUAUGCUUUUGAUGAGAUGUGCUUUUCGGUAGUAGUCGAUAUUCGUUGUCUUGGAGGAAAUAUUAAGAUCUCAACAGUGAAAAAUUUUUAUAAUGGUGUUAGUGGCAGUAAAAUUAGUACUGUUAAUCAGAUAAAUGCAUGGGUAGCUAGUUUUAAUAAUAACGGAACAUUUCCUCUUAGUGUUUGGUCUCACAAGCACUUCAUUGAGAACACAGACAUCCUAGAUUUUGAACAGGCGACCCGACUCUGGUACGAAAACCUCACUACCAUAAGAAAUCUUCCUGGUUCAUUGCUUAGUAAAGAGCUAUUUGAUGUGAUUAUCAAGAGAAAAAUGGGUGACACACUUACUAUUAACAAAAAGAAGCGCAAGUACGCAGAAGAUGAAGUACAUACUAGUUCUGUAGAUAAUGAAAAGGCUCACACAGAUCCUGAGAAAGUGAUUACAAAUCAAGAUAGUGAAGAUUCUUUCACGACUUCUGAGAAAGUGAUUACAAAUCAAGAUAAUGAAAUGGCUUUCACAGCUCCUGAGAAGACAAAAACAUUUAACAAUGAACAUAUUGACUCAGCAAGUGAGAGAAGUUCUGAAAAGCUUGAGGAUGAAAACAACGAAGAAUUAAAAUUUGAUCUUCUUGAUAUUUUGUUAAGCUUCCAAUGUGAGGCAACAUGGAAAGUUGGUAAUAUUAACAUUACUAAUAGAUUUCAAGAAUAUCAAAAAGAUAUUUCUGCAUCUCUUCACAAAGCAAGUUGUGAAAAUUUUAUUAGCGAAGAAGUAUUUAUAAAUAGGGGAAAGAUGACAUUAAGUAAAAAAGUAGCAACUUCGUUUAAUGACUUAUGUAGUGGUUUACCAAUGGCCUCAUCCAAAACAAUGGAAAAGAUAACUGAAGAAAAACAUUGUUACAAGUUCCUUUAUCCAAUCAUUAAGCCCUUCUUUCUUAAUCCUUUAAAGGAAUAUAAAGUUGUUUUGAAUCAUGCUACUGCAGGCUCGAGAAAAAGGCCUGACCUAUCCUGUAUGGUAGAUAAUGUUACAAUUUUAAACUUGGAGAUUAAACCGUUGAGAUGCAUUCCACUCCAAAUUCAGAAAGACUUUUUAAAAGCACAAUUGAGAGCUCAUAAAUCGAUCAAUAUACAAUUAGAAAAUAAAAAUGGAUCAGGUGAAUCUGUAAUUGAUAAAGCAUCCAUUCCACUCUAUGAAUAUGCAAUAAGCCAUGUUAUUGUUCUGGAAGAACAGAUUGGAAAAAUUGCAGAAAACUAUAAACAUCGAGAUAAUCAAAAGAAUCAAGAAAACUGA